AUGAACAAAUUCUCUGCCGACUACUCGUCGAGUAUCAACUCGACGCCAGGCAAACCUCCUCCACGGACGCAUCUAUUCUCUUCCAACGACACUCACCUUGCAAGCACUACUCCUAUCGCACCUCCACCGUCCCAGAUCUUCGGCAGCUCGACAUUUGGCUCCGGUGUCAGUAAGCUGCAACUAUCCAAAGCCUCCAGAUCAUCACCACCGGCCCGCCCGACCAACUACAAUUCUGCACUCCCUCGGACCAAAAAUGGCAGUCCUGCAAAGACAGCCGCGAGGGCGUACCACACCUCUUUCAACACGUCACUAGCCUCCGAUUAUACUACUCGUGGUGGAGAUGACUAUGCGGAUCAAGACAUGGAAGAGGAGGACUACCAGGAUGACACAAACCUGUAUCUCGCCCAAGGCGUCCGUUCCGUCAAUCGGCAGUCUGCUGCUUCGCUCCUCAAGUUCAGCCAACGGGAUUCAAGAACGUCCAAUCCACGUAGAUCUCUGCGCAACUCGCGGCUCUCCGGCCUGCCAAAUAAAGGGAACGACUCGCUCAUCCCAAACCUGGCACGUGAGUUAGCGGCGAGAUCGCAGUCUGCGCCCUUGACCGAACCUGACGAGGUCAUCCUCAGGACGGAACAAAUCCUUCGCCAAUUGGACGAGCAAACCCAAUAUCUCAAAGACAACAACAGGAUUUUACGGGAAAUCACUGAACAUGUGUAUCUCCUCCUUCAGGAGUGGCAACGGUUCAUUGAAGACGACCGGCCUUCGCUUGACAGCAGCGACAUAGGCCCUCGGCCUUCAGCAGCGCCCUUUGCCAAAGCCAACUACCUUGCCUCCUUGCUCUUAGCUCUUCAUCACCCACCUCUUUCGUCAGAUAACGCCGUUCUUCCCACCCCGCAGAUCCUGCUCGACUGGCUGGAUACCUACCACGUCUCCUACGAGCCGCUAUAUCGAACAGUAGUCUCUACUCGACCAAACUGCACAUCGCAUGACCUUUUCUGGGACGCAGUGCAGAGCUUGAUGCUGCGAGGAAAGUUUGACUUGGUUAUGCACCUUUUCGCCGAGGCUGAUUUCAGAUAUGCUGCCUCUGCGGUGGACGACGGAAUGCCCGAGCCUGGAUACAAGGGCGCACAACUUCAGUCGGUCCAGAGUGUUAUAUACAGAGCUCGCGUUCUUCUCAAUUCCUGUCCGGUCGUCCAGUCCGGGGACUGGAACGUGGUAGGACCUGAUUGGGACCUCUUCCGCACCCAGGUUGAAGCAGAACUAGACAGUUUGACUGAUCUGGCAGCUUCUCAAACUGACGAAGACGCGGCAUCUUUCGAGGCCGAGAACUUUGGCCUCCGUAAGCAUGGCAUGAGCCUCCUGGGAAAACUUGGUCAGAGUACAUCAUCAGCUAUUCCCUGGACAAUCUUUCAGAACCUCAAAAUCCUCUACAGCAUCCUCCUGGGCAGUGCUGAAGAAAUUGCCGCUCAGUCACAGGAUUGGCUUGAAGCUGCCACGUCAUUGACCAUAUGGUGGGAUGGAUCUGUGGAUGCUCCGGUCGCCCAGUGGAGCUUCGAUGUGAGUCGUGCUAACAACAUGGCUCAAGACGUCGAAGAUAUCAACCCCUAUCUUGCUCGGCUGCGAGACUCCUUCCUCAGCGUAACGGAUCCCAACGACACCAAUUCAUUCCAGAUCAACGCCAUGUCACCGGUUGAAGUGGGUCUUGGAGCCAUAUUGCAAAGCAGUACUCAGAGUGCAUUGAUCGUACUGCGAGCUCUGUCUCAAUGUAUAGCGGCGUCUAUUGUCGAGAUCGGGACAAAGGCAGAGUGGAUUGAAGGUGAUAAUGAUGUUCGACCCGCUGGACUGAAUGACGACGACCUCAUGGUGCUAAGCUACGGUGCUCCUAAACAUGGUGUUACUAAGGACGACAUCCUCACGGGAUACGCAGAGCGACUUUUCGAAAAGCCUGUUUUGCAACUGCCUGAUGGAUCCGCCGUCGAAGGCUGGGAAGUCUCCAUUUCUGUCGUUACCAGGCUAGACAAUCGUCAGGUAAUGCACACUGCUGUCACCGGCUUUCUCGAACGACUGGAAGUUGUAUCUCAAGAUCGCGCCGAGAAGCUCACGAAUUUGUGUUCAGACCUUGGUCUUCAGGACGAGGCACGUAACGUGUCGGAUCGGUUCGGUGACUAUCUCGUCAACAACACGACUGAAUAUGGAACAGCCCUGCUAUGUUACGCUCGGAGCCAUGCAUCACACAAAAUCCGUCAACUUAUUGAUCUGCUUGUCAGUUAUUCGCUGGUGCAGUCCAGGGCGUACCCACCAGAGGAAGAGAUGGACGAUGGGCUGCAGAGUCUGGUGCAGAAUCCCAGAACAGCGUUAUCCGACAUCGCCGAAGUCGACCCAGAAGCUGCGGAGAUGUUACAGUUCUACCUUGUCGGCUACGCCUGUUUACGACGAUUCUACACUCUGCGAGAUGAACGAUCCCUCUCAAAUGGCCAAGGCAGUUCAUCGAACCUACGCCCCCUUGCGCGCCGGCGUGCUGCAGCCAAGGCUCUGGUGGCUGCCAUCAGUAGCGCCGCGGACAGCAUCUACGGAGGUUUGUACGAUCCAGAGCGCCAGUCUGCAAUUCAAGUCGACGGACUGCUGACAUUGUUUGGGGAAGCCACUGCCCUUCUUGCGAGCAGCAGCACUUCUGGCAAACAAUGCUUCACCUCCCAGCAGAUCUAUGCGCUUCUCGCGGCCAUUGAGGAUCUCUCCACCGUCUCUACGCGCGUGUAUGAUGCCACGGAAGAAUGCCUGCAGGCAGCGCUGCGAAACUAUCAUGGCUCCCAGCCGCCCAGUCCGCAUGCGAUGCUGAAGAAGAGUAUGUCGUCGGGCACCAAUUCCAAUUUCAGCUUCAGUAUGAUGGGCUCGGAGAUGCUGGCGAGGAGUGGUAUUACCAGCACUGGCGCUGGAAGCAAGAGCGCGGGGAGCAGUGGAGUGCUGGUUCCAGAUCUGAAAGACCAGGUUGUUCGGGGAUGGGAUUGGCGAGAGAUGUUCAAGGACAACGUUGUCAGCGGGCGGGAUGUGGUCAAAGUGUUGAGGAUGGGGCUGGCGGAGGAGUUGAGCAUGGUCGAGCUGGAUGAUGUGGCUUGA